AUAACCGCGGCUUUUAUGUAGGUUGGAUCAAUAUAUAAGGUGUAAUUCUUUGAAACUUCUUACAUAAUUACAAAUACCUUACAAGUUUAUCUCUUGAGAUUGUAAAUCAUGAGGAAUCCAGAAAUCAAGUAUACUAAGAUAUUCAUUAACAAUGAAUGGCAUGAUUCUGUAAGAGGAAAAACAUUUCCUGUUUAUAAUCCUUGUACUGGAGAAAAACUUUGCUUAGUACAAGAAAGUGAUAAGGAAGAUGUUGAUAAAGCUGUUAAAAGUGCAAGGGAAGCCUUCAAGCUUGGUUCAGUUUGGCGAACUAUGGAUGCUUCUGCAAGAGCUAUACUCUUAAAUAAAUUUGCAGAUUUAUUGAAAAGAGAUAUCGAUUACAUAUCUAGUUUAGAAACAUUAAAUAAUGGAAAACCAAUUAAUGAAGCAAAAUUUGAUAUAGAAGCAUCAAUAACAGUAUUCCGUUAUUAUGCUGGGUGGUGUGACAAAAUUCAUGGAAAAACAAUUCCUGCAGAUGGAAAUGUUUUUUCAUUUACAAGAAUGGAACCUAUUGGAGUUUGUGGUCAAAUUAUUCCAUGGAAUUAUCCAGUUUUAAUGCUUUCAUGGAAGUUUGGACCAGCUCUUGCUGCAGGAAAUACUGUAAUUCUAAAACCGGCAGAACAGACACCAUUAACGGCUCUUUACUGUGCUCAUUUAUUUAAAGAAGUGGGAUUCCCUCCAGGAGUUAUAAGUAUUUUGCCAGGCUAUGGUCCAACAGCUGGUGGAAGUAUUGCUGAACAUCCAGAUGUUGAUAAGAUUGCAUUUACUGGAUCAACAGAGGUUGGAAAAUUAAUACAGCAAGCAGCAGGACGUGCUAAUAUCAAACGAGUCAGUUUAGAAUUAGGAGGAAAGAGUCCCUUAGUUGUUUUUCCAGAUGCUGAUGUGAAUGAAGCAGUAGAAAUUGCUCAUGAAGCAGUUUUUGCAAAUAUGGGACAAUGUUGUUGUGCUGGAACUCGUACAUUUGUUCAUGAAGACAUAUAUGAUGAUUUUGUUAAGAAAAGCACUGAAUUAGCUUUGAAGCGUGUUGUUGGAAAUCCUUUUGAUGAAGAAACUCAACAAGGACCUCAAGUGGAUCAAGAACAAUUUGAUAAGAUACUGAAUUUAAUUGAAUCGGGCAAAAAAGAAGGUGCCAAAUUGGAAUGUGGUGGAAAUAAAACUGGAGAAAAAGGAUAUUUUGUACAGCCAACAGUAUUCUCAAAUGUAAAAGAUAAUAUGCGUAUUGCUAAAGAGGAAAUUUUUGGUCCAGUCCAACAAAUUUUAAAAUUUAAAACCAUGGAAGAAGUUUUAGAAAGAGCAAAUGCUACUCAUUAUGGAUUGGGAUCUGGUGUCAUAACAAAAAAUAUUGACACAGCAUUAACAUUUGCUCAAGGAAUACAAGCAGGAUCAGUCUGGGUAAAUUGUUAUGAUGCCACUACCUCCCAAACUCCUUUUGGUGGCUUCAAAAUGUCAGGAUUUGGAAGAGAAUUGGGAGAAGAUGGUUUGAAAGAAUAUGUCGAAGUGAAAACUGUAAGUUUUUCUAAUUUAAAAUUAUAUCAUAAAUUAGAGUAA